AUGCUUGGUCAACAAUUAGACGCUUACUCGCGGUUACCCUCCGCCAUUGCAACCAUCCAAGAUAUUGUUCGCAUGCACAGUCAACCCGGAAAUGAGGUUGGUUUGAUCAAAGCAUGGAUUGAAAGUUAUGUCUCAUGGGUAGUCGUAAUGGACAAUUUUGAUGAUAUAUCCUUUGACGUGAACCACUUUAUUCCUUCUUCUGGGCCUGGUCAAGUCAUGUUUACUUCAAGGAACAAAAGAUUAAUAUUGGGAUCGGGGACACCAUAUCCAUUCAAGCUAGACGAACCAGACUUUUUGGAAGGAGAGUUUCUUUUCCUUCGGCUACGAAACAAGACGGAAAUAAGUUUCUCAGACGUUAAACAGCAUAACGAAUAUCCACAGAUCCGAGAGAUCGUAAAAAAUCUACAUGGAUUUCCUCUAGCUUUGAGUCAGGCAGCAGCCUACAUUCGAGCGAACGAUCCAUUUAGCUGCGCCGAAUACCUUGAGCUUCUGACUGCUCGAGAAGACGAGGACCGCGAGUUUCUUCUGAAGUAUAUGCCAGAAAAUGCUGAAUAUCCCUGGUCAGUCAUGUCAACUUGGGAACUUUCUUUUGAUUACCUACAAAAAAAGGACCCCGACUCUGUCAAGCUUCUACAACUGCUGGGUUUUUUUGCGCCAUCUGAAAUCCCAAUAUACACCUUCCGGAAAGCCACACAGAAGGCUAAGUGGUAUCUUGGAACCUACGCAGUCCAUCGGAGUUUGGGUCUCCAGCAAUGCCACGAAUUGAAAUUUCUUGCCCACCAAGCACGGUUAGGUGAUCGAUUAGGCCUUCUUAUUUCCUUAUCUUUGAUCUCGAAAGACUCCAGUCAAAUUACGCCCCCAGGUUCAAGCCUUCCCAGGUUUCAAGAUACAAUUUCGAUGCAUCCUCUUGUGCAUGAAUGGGUUCAACUCCGAUUGAAGCCUCAACCGGAACAAGUAGCCAAAUUUGCCCACUUGUGUGCUUUGAUACUAUAUCAAUCAUACUCAAUCGAUCGCUAUGUUGGUUUCGUCGAAUCAUCCCCUCACGUCCGAAGGGAACUAGAAACUGAGCCUUACAGGCUACAGUCACAUCUUCUUGAAGUUGCAGGAAAUGUGAGCAAGUACGAAUAUUGUGCUGGGCCAUCCCCCUUAGAGCUCAGAACUCUUCUGCUAGUAAUGCUACUAGAAAAUCUAUGUGAACCUGGUUUGGCUAUAGCGGACAAAGUGAACUGA